AUGAAAAUUUGUGUCAGCUUGAUGAUGUUGUUGUCCAAUGUGAUGGCUAAUGCUCCAUUGCAGGAAGACCGUAACGCAAUACUCGAACUUCAUGUGCAAGCUCGUGCCACAGUCAUUCCACCUGCAAGAAACAUGAUGCUGAUGAGUUAUUCUCUUAAGAUGGAGGGAUUAGCACUGAAAUGGGUCAACCGUUGUGAAUUCAACCAUCCAAAUGUGUCGAAAUUUCCACUAUACAAAAAUAUUGGUCAAAACCUUGCACUUUCUGGGGGUUACACUCCGAAUCUAACACAAAUUGUUCAAGACUGGUACAAAGAAAGAAAGUACUAUAGCUAUGCCAACAAUUCCUGCUCAAGGGUGUGCAGUCACUACACUCAAAUGGUAUCGGCAACUACAUUAAGACUCGGAUGUGCGAUGAAGCAAUGCGACCAGAUUAAUCUCGAGUGGCCUAGGCCAAUAUUUCUUACGGCCUGUCAAUACGAACCUGCGUAA